GGAGGCAGAGGGAGGGAGUUGGAUGCUCCGCUUGUUCACAUAAUAGCCGGCGGUUGAAGGCGUGGUGAGUGAGGCUUGAUACAAGGCGCGUACAGCAGCAGUGGCAGCAGUACCGGUGUGAUGAGCAUGGGCAGCGUCUGCAGGGCGACUCCCUUCCCCAGCGAGAGCAACCGGCGAGAGGGCUGAUGCGUUGGAGGCGCUGCCUUAUCCACACUUAAGGACAUACGCGCAAAGAUGACCGAGGGCAGACUGUGUCAAGUGCAGCUGCUGGAUGACAGGAAGCUGGAGCUGCUGGUUCAGCCAAAGCUGCUGUCGUACGAACUCCUUGACUUGGUCUCUUCCCAUUUCAACCUCAAAGAGAAGGAAUUCUUCGGACUCGCAUUUUUUGACGACAAUGGUCGGUGCAAGUGGCUGCAGAUGGACCGCAGAGUUCUUGAUCAUGACUUUUCAAAGAGGCAAGGCUCCGUUGCCCUAAACUUCCUGGUCAGAUUUUACGUGGAGAACAUCACACAACUUAAGGACAUCAUAACAGUGGAGUUAUUCUUCCUGAAUGCAAAAUCCGCAGUGAACAAUGGGAUAAUAGAAGUUGAAAGUGAGAAUGUCUUCAAAUUAGCUGCAAAUGCUUUGCAGGAGUCUAAAGGAGACUACACAAGUGAUGAAACCACUCGGGCUGACUUAAAGAAACUACCAACUCUUCCCACUAAGGUUCUGAAGGAGCACCCAUCUCUUGCAUACUGUGAGGAUCGGGUCAUUGAAUAUUAUAAACAGCUAAGAGGAGUCUCCAGAGGGCAGGCCAUUGUGCAGUAUCUCACGCUUGUGGAAUCCUUGCCCACAUAUGGUGUCCACUAUUAUGAAGUGAAGGACAAACAAGGGAUGCCAUGGUGGCUUGGCAUCAGCUAUAAAGGUAUUGGCCAGUAUGAUCUACAAGAUAAGCUGAAACCCAGAAAGCUUUAUCAGUGGAAACAACUGGAAAAUUUGUACUUCAGAGAGAAAAAAUUUGCAGUGGAGGUCAACGAUCCACACAGAAGAGCAGUAACCAAGCGGACCUUCGGACAGACGGGCCUUCUCAUCCACACUUGGUAUGCAAGCCACUCUUUGAUUAAAACUAUUUGGGUCAUGGCUAUUAGUCAGCACCAGUUCUACUUGGACAGAAAGCAAAGCAAAACUAAACUAGGAGCAUCAAAAAGCUUGGAGGAAAUUGCCAUGGAUCUCACAGAGCAUCCAGGGGCAAAGAUAAGCAAACUUGGAGAGUCAGUCCUGAAGAAUAACUUAAUAACGGCCAGCAAUGGGAGCCUCGUAUCGACAGGUUCAGCUGACUCAGAAAUGAGUGAGGAGCAGAAGAAAGAAAAACUCACAGAGCUAAGAAAAAAAGAGCAGGAGAUUCAAGAUAUUUUGGCCAAGAAAACUAAAGAACUAAAGAAAAUUUGUCUGCGAGAGGCGGAGCUUACUGGCAAGCUGCCAAAGGAGUACCCUUUGUCUUCAGAUGAGCGACCACCACUGGUCAGACGGCGAGUUGGCACCGCUUUCAAGUUGGAUGACCUUUUCCCUUACAAUGAGGAUCCCUUCCUGAGAAAUCUGGAGAGUAGAUUUGCCCUUCAGCGGAAGAUUGUUGAAGCGGCUAAAAAGCUGGCCAAUGAGCCGGAGCUGGGUAAGACAGUCAAGAAGAAAAGGAGGAGAAACUGUUUGGAUGCCAUGCACAAACUCCAGCAGAUAGAGGAUGAAAUGAACCAGUACAGAGUCAAGAAGGGGAAAAAGCCCACCCAGCGAGCCUCAAUAAUCAUAGCAGAUGAACUCAUGCAAUCAGAUUGUAGCUCCUUGUCCAGCCUUCCGCUGGAAGACGAUGACUCAGAUAGUGCCAGUCAGCGGCCACGGUCGAGGUCUGUGCAAGACUCCCCUCAGUUCAGCCCUUUGCGCUUGCUUGAGGCGGAAUAUGACGUGGACAGGCAAGCAUCUCCAAGGGAAAAUACCAAAAGCCACAACAGAUUAGUUUUGGAAGGCCAAGAGGCUUUUCAAAACUACCACAAUCCAAGAGAGGUCUCCUCCACCCACAGUAGUCCUUAUAAAACCCUCCCCAGGCCUCCCAGAGACCCACGCAGCAUGCCCCCCACACCUGUUAUGACGCGCAAUGCCUACAGCAGCAGCCAGCUCAGGUCUGAAGGCUUGCCCCAUGGCUUCAGGACUCGUAGUGGAAGUUUGGAGUCGCGGCUGAGGAAGGAUGGAGACCUGGAGAAGCCUGUUUUCACCUUGUCACCAGCCCACCGCAGCAACAGCACAGAGGUGUUGGAGGAUUGCUCUUCCUACACCAGUCAGUCCAGUUUGGACUUCUGCGAGGCAGGACAUUCCCACUACAGUACGUUGGAUUCACGAAACUCCACCAUGCAUCGUCUUCACCGCAACGUGGAAGUGUACGGAAACACAGGCAGCAUGCCCAACCUGGUACAGCACCAUUCUGGUUGUAGUUACGCCUGUGAGACCUCAGCGCAUUAUCCACCCAGUGCCUACUACGUCUCCGACUGCCCGUGUUCCGACAUGGAGCCUUACCCUAACGGGGCUUACGUGUAUGAGAAUGAUGUGGAAGGCCACUACAACGUCAACCCCUCUUAUCAAGUGAACGGCUACCACGGACACGACAGAUUUCGACACUAUGGUUCUGACCGAAAAGACAGCCUUUCCCAGAAUCCGUACGCAACUGUGAGACCGCCAAGGAACAGAGAGGGGCCCAGAAAUGAUCUUUUGGCCAAGAACAUGCAAAAGGCCAUGGUGGCGGAACAUUUGAGGGGCUGGUAUCAUCGGAACCGGAGCCACAGGGAAGGCGGGAGGACAGGGUACGACUUUGACUGCGGCUCUCAGCUCAGCCUCGGAUACCAGACCAUGCCAGCGGCCUUCAGCCACUCCAUCAGAACCACCUCUUUCUCAUCCGUGUCGUCAGUGGAGAGUGCAGGAAACUGGCGCAACCAGCUGGCGGUGGGCCUGUCUGAGUAUGACACAGCUGACACACCUCAAUUCUCUCAACAUGCUGGUCGUCCUGCAACAUACAACCGCAGUCCCACACACAACAGAUGUUCUCCAGAAAGCAAAGUAUCGAGGUCUGACACAAAGCCUAAUAAAUGUGAGUCAGUUGAGGUGGUUGGUGCUGAGGCCAUUAGAAUGGAUGAAGCAUCAGACAACCAGUCUAGCACUUAAGGAUUUCACCUUGGCGGCAGCUACAUGAGCAUCCAGUGAAAAGGACCAAAACACACUUUUGGAAAGACACAAAAAAGCCAUGACCAGCAGCACAUGAAGAGGAUGACCUUUAAACAGAGACUUCCCCCCCACGACUAACCUCUGAACCCAGUGUGCCUUGGAUUGGGAGGAUUGUCAAGGCAAAACAGAAUGUGUCUCACAACUAGGACAUGUUGCGCAACCACACUGACUUAAAUGUAGGAUUUAAAGGCAAAAUGUUUUUAUAGUAAAUCUAACUUAAAUGUGAAGUAGCUGCUGUUACAUUUCAGCGGUUUCAUGAAAAUACCCAUCAUGGGGAACUACAUUUUUUUAUUAUUUUCCCCAUUAUCCACAAUCCUUAUGUGAGACAAGAAAACACAUAUUUCCCUUUUGUGCAUUGUAAAUCGUAAAAAUAAAAAAAAAUAGUAAAAGGCAACAAACACUGCAGGAAAUGGAACUAUGGUCUGUUCCCCCCUUUAAAAAAAACCUCCAAUACUGUUUUAUAAACAUGCCACAAGUAUGUAGGUAAUGUAGUAACAGUCACAUUCUUUAUAACAUGUAAUAUUUCUGGUAUUUUGGUAAUUUUAAGCAUUAGUGUAAAUUCUUUCUUGGGAACAUUGAGUUCACUUAGAAACGGUCGUGUUCAUUGCUAUACGCUCUGUAAAAUCAAUGUCAACAACAACAUGGAUAGUACUUUUUAGACUUAGACUUCCUUUUAUUGUCAUUCAUAUUUGAACUUUACAGUACAGAUAAGAACACAAUUUUGUUGCAUUAGCUCGUUGUAGUGCAGCAUAAAAGAGCUAUAAGGUGCAGAUAUAAAUAAAUAUAAUACUGUACAGAUAAAUAUAUUGCACUUUUUCAUAUGCAUCCACGUUUAUGGAUGUAUAUUAUAUUGUCUUUAUAUUCCAGCGAGUUAUUACGUUUUUGGGGAGGGGAUUGAGGGAAUUAUUUUGAUGCGUUCAAGAGUCUUAUGGCCUGAGGGAAGAAGUUGUUACAGAACCUGGAGGUUCUGCUACAGAGGCUGCGGAACCUCUUUCUAGAGUCCAGCAGUGAAAACAGUCCUUGGUGGGGGUGGGAGGAGUCUCUGCAGAUUUUCUGAGCCCUGGUCGGGCAGCGGCUUUUUGCGAUUUCCUGGUUCUGAGGCAGAAGAGUCCUGUUGAUCUUUUCCGCCAUCCUCACCACUCUCUGCAGAGACUUCCAGUCUGAGGCACUGCAGGCUCCAGUCCAGACAGAGAUGCAGUUGGUCAGUAGGCUCUCUAUAGUGCGCCUGUAGAAUGUGGUGAGAACGGGAGGAGGGAGCUGUACUUUUUUCACCCGACGCAAAAAGUGCAUGCGCUGCUGAGCUCUUUUUACAAGAGCUCCGGUGUGUAGGGACCAGGUCAUAUUGUCAGUAAUCUGCACCUCCAGGAACUUGGUGCUGCUUACGAACUCCACUGCUGUGCCGUUGACAAAGUCUGGAGUGUUGCUGGACUGGUGCCUCCUGAAGUCUACAAUGAUCUCCUUGGUCUUGUCGACGUUCAGGAUCAGGUUGUUGGUUCUGCACCAGUCCAUGUCGUUGUUGUCAUGGAUGAGCUUUUUUGUGUUUGUUACCAAUAAGUGCAGUCUUUGUGAGAGCCCAGUGUUAUUAUUUAGCACUAUUGCCAAACGUUACAAAUAAAAAUGUAAAACAAUUACUUACAAUUUCCGUUGAUGGGAUGUUGUAUCUUUCAGCACUUGUGUUCUCCUUGAGCUGGUAAAUUUAGAGUAACACUCAGUUAUCCGAUUUAAUAUGCUUCCUAGUGAUGUUGUGGUGGUUAAUGCUGCGUUCCAUUUGUUGAGCGCCAUAUAGUAUCAAGUUGGUAGCUUGUGGAUUUUCAAAGUUAACCGACUUCUCGGCUUGUGUUCACAUCCUUCUACUAUACAGGAGAAGUCAUGAUUUAUAAUCUUGCAUUCAUUUUUCUUCACUCAAAGGCAGUACAGCAGCAGCAUAAGCAG